UUGUAUAUAUUGUCUAGAAAUAGCCUGAUUGCGAACACUAUAAACACUAAUAAGUAGUUUAGAUAUAACCAUAGUUUAAAUAGGCGCAAACAUGCAAAUGGCAAUGAAUUAUAAAUAGGCCAUAUUACAGGAUGAAAAGGACGCGGGAAAUCAGUGGUGGUUAUCGAGCAGCGGCACCUAUAAAAUAACUCUGGACACUAUAUUAUAAAGAAGAAAAAGUCAAAUACAGUGUAAAUAAAUUGGAAAAUAAAAUGCAUACAAUAUCUCGAGGCAAUCUGCUAUAAUCAACAGUCGCUCACUUCAACAAAACACGACUCUGAACACCACUAACUUGGUAACCAUGGAGAUGGUAUCAAUGGACUGUGUCACAACAAUACUAUUGCUGUAUUGUGAUGCGCAUUGUCUAACAGUCGCCAAUAAACGUCAGAUUCCGAAGGCGUAACACUGGCUUUCAAUUAGACGCGGUGGAUAUUGAGAGCAAAGAAAACAGGUGAGGGUAUGAAAACAGUAAUUCAACAACUUAGGAGACAAAUUGUUUCAAACAAUUGGAAAUAUCAAACUCUCUAAGAAAUACUCAUAGCGUAAGUCUCUUCAGUUGGACUAAUACAGAAGCGUACAUCAUUUGGAAGUGCGUGCCGCCCAACAAUACAACCUUCUACGCUCUGUUGAUUCCCUCGUAAUCCCACAACGCCUUUGGUCAGCGCCGAUUUGAUUUGUCGGCGGAAAGCACACGUUCCAAACGCGUUCGUUAAUACUCAUUUGCCCGGGACAGUGAUAACUCGUGAGGAAGGGUUGAUACAUUGACAAGAAUUUCAUUAAGAGUGUGAAGGAAUAUAUAAUGUUGCUCUAUUACCUUUCCCAUGUUACUAUUCACGAUUGCUAUCAAAUGUUCGCUUUAUAUAGUAAUUUUGAUUAUUUUUGAUGUUCUUUCAUUGGAAUAUUCAAAUUUCACAGCAGAAUAACAUUGAAAAACAGUAGUGUAUGGUAGCAAAUAAUUCAGCAGCAACUUUUUCACUUCUCAGGCUUAGAGACGUUUCAUCAAUAAGGUUUCCAAAGUAAAAACAUUAUUGAUUUCUCGCAAAUAUUUUGCAGAUUUGCAUUUUAAUUUGAGUGUUUAAAUAUCCCGCAGCCUAUUCCGCUACUUUGAUCUGUUCAUUAUGGACGCAAAUGACAUAGGCGUUUGUGAUUUAUUCAGUGUGCACAAACUACCAUCAGUUGAACCUAUAGUAAUUUUGUAAAUAAUUGACUACGUUUGUAAAAGACGUCGGAUUUACUGCUAUAAAAUUCACAAAUAACAUAUCUAUUUCAUAGUAUUUGACACGAUCUGUUUUGUUGUUCUAUUCGAUAAGGAGUUGUGUCGUUCGAAAUUACGUCGUCCCCUGCAAUAUUUUUCCGCGAUUCAUUCCCAUCAGUACUUUAACACUUACGCCCAUUAAACUAUACGCGAUUUUCUUAUCACGAGUCAGUCAGUCGUGUAGCUGAAUAAGCUGGUACUAAGUACGUGUGCGACUACGACGGUAAGUAAAUAAUGCUAUAAUUUGAUGUGAAAGAAGCUAUGGCAAAAUUUGGAGGAAAAGUUGUAAUUAUUACAGGAGCUUCCAGUGGAAUAGGUGCAGCCACCGCGGUAGCAUUUUCAAAAGAAGGUGCCAAAUUAGCGAUCUGUGGAAGAAACAAGGCAAGGUUGAACGAAACGGCUAAAAUAUGUAAAGAUAAUGGGUCAGAGGUCGUAGAAAUAAUCGGAGAUGUGUCCGAUUUUGACCAUUUGCAACACAUCGUGAAUACAACUGUUGGACACUUCAAAGGUAUUGACAUCCUAAUCAACAACGCCGGUAUUGGAUCCUAUUCGUCUAUUGUGGACCUGGAGGUUAAACAUUAUGAAAAGUUGUUUAGAACAAAUCUUCUUGCUGCCGUUUUUCUUUGCAAAUAUGCUUUCCCGUAUUUGAAGCAGAGUAAAGGAUGUGUGGUUAACGUGUCAAGCAUACUCGGUUUACGCACAAUGCCCAUCUUGAAAUCUGUUCCGUAUGGUAUGCUAAAAAGUGCAUUGGAUUAUUUUACAAGGGGAUUUGCUGCAGAAUGUCUCGAGUGUGGUAUACGCGUAAAUAGUAUCAAUCCAGGUCCAGUGAUGACGAGAAUUCGGCCAGAACAGCCAAUAACUAAAGAUGAAGGCGUAAAGAUAAGAAAAUUUAUGAAAGAACGGGCCAUGCCUGGUUAUAUGCAGCCAAUUGUGAUAGCUGAUGGAAUAUUAUAUUUAUGUUCGUCGCGCCAUAUAACUGGGAUAUGUCUACCAAUAGAUGCAGGAGUUUUGAGCAAACUUUUUAUCUCAACAGGAGCAGCAAGCGGCAUUGGUGCAGCUACCGCAAUUGAAUUUGCAAAAGAAGGGGCGAACCUAUCUAUUUGUGACAAAGAAAAAGCAGGAUUGGCAAAUACAGCAAAGGCAUGUCGAGAUGCCGGAGUAGAGGUGUUCGAAAUCGUUGUAGAUUUAUCCGAAUUUGAAAAUCUGGGAACCGUAAUUAGUAAAACCGUCGAAAAAUUUUCUUCCAUCGAUAUCUUGGUGAACAAUGCCGGCCGUGGAUUGUUUGGUUACAUUGCCGAUAUGGAACUUGAAGAUUUUGAGUUGUUGUAUCGAACGAAUCUACGAGCACCAGUCUUCCUUUGUAAAUUCGCGUUGCCACAUUUAAAGAAAACGAAAGGUUGCGUUGUCAAUGUUUCGAGUCUUCUUGGGUUGCGUCAUUUUAACGCUACACGAAAAGUACAUUAUGGAAUGUUGAAAUGCGCAUUGGAUCAUUUUACUAGAGGAUUUGCGGCGGAAUGUAGCCCCUUCGGUAUUCGAGUUAACAGUGUCAACCCAGGAACUGUUGUAACCAACAAUGAAGCAAAUACAGAGAUACGGACUGUACCAGAAGAUAUCUUGGAAAAAAGCAAAGCAGACUUCGAAAAACUUCAACCGUUCGGAUUUAUGGAGCCGAAGACAAUCGCAGAUGGAAUAUUAUUCUUGUGUUCUUCUCCACAUAUUACUGGUAUAUCACUGCCAAUUGAAUCCGGUGCAUUGGUUUCUUAAUUUGUUCAUGCAAACUUGAACAAUCCUCUAUAAUCUAUAUAAUAAAAAUUUUAUAAUUUCAAUAC